AUGGCAAGAUGUCUACUGGACAACCUCCCUUGUCCCGUCUGCCGGCAGCCCCGCCAGGAGAAGCGCGUCAGGGCCAACGCCCAGCUGGGAAGGCUGGUGGACCUGGCCCGGCUCCCCCACAGCUCCAGGAGCAGCGAGAUAGAGCAGGGAGAGGAGCACAGGUGUGAGGAGCACAAGCAGCAGCUGAGCCUCUUCUGUGAGGAUGACCGGGAGCUGCUGUGUCCCCUGUGCACCCAGGGCCCUGCCCACCAGGACCACCACGUCAGGUCGGUGGCCGAGGCAGCGUCUCUCUCAGAGAGAGGUUCAGUGGGUAUAUCAAGCUCUGAAGAAGCAGCUGGCAGAGGUGCAGAAGCUAGAAGUCAUCCAAGACAGGAAGAUGCUAAACUGACAGAGGAACUCAAGAAGUUUGUGGGACGUGAGCAAGAGGCAACUGUUGUCACGUUGGAAGAAGAGAAACGCCUGCAGCAGCAGCUGCGGGCCAACCUGGAGGCCUACUCGGACCACAUCUCGGCGCUGAAAGACCUGCUCCGGGAGGUGUCCGAGAGGGCCGUGAUGUCCGAGGAGAAGGUGCUGAGGGGCCUGAGGGGCCUGCAGCAGCGCUGGGAGAGCCUGGAGCCCCCGGCCGUGCAGCCCCUGCGCUUCCGCCCGGCGGCCUACAGCCUCCCUCCGCUGUGCUCGGCGCUCAGCAGCGUCAUGCAGAGGUUCCGAGAGCGCGUCAGCCUGGACCCCCGCACGGCCCACCCCAGCCUGCGCGUGUCUCGGGACCUCACGUCGGUGACGUGCGUGCGGAAACGGCGCAAAGGGGACGUGGACCCCGGGCCCUGGGCAGAUGCCACCGAGCUGGUGGUGCUGGGCCGCGAGGCCUUCGCCUCUGGCCGCCACUACUGGGAGGUGCAGGUGGGCGCCAAGCCCGAGUGGGCCGUGGGCGUGUGCACCGUCGCCCCUUCGGCCCAGGCCCCGGCCCCCAAGAGAUGCUGGACGCUGCAGCGGCAGGACGGCGACUACCUGGCCGUGGGCGCGGGGGCCGUGCCUCUGGCCCUCGGGGACCCGCCCGCGGCCCUCGGCGUGUACCUGGACUGGGAGCUGGGCCAGCUCUCCUUCUACAACGCCGCCGACAGGCUCACAUCUGUUCUCUGA